AUGCCUCUUGUUGGUGGACAUCGAUACUUCACUUCGACUGCUGUUUUUCUCAAUGAAGUUAUAAAACUUGCCGUUUCUCUCACGAUUGCACUGUACGAUAUAAGCUCCACAUUACCCCAGCAAACCCCAGCGACAGUCCUUUUCGAACAAUUGUAUAAUUCAGUCUUUUCCGGGGAUGGAUGGAAGCUAGCCAUUCCUGCUACAUUGUACACGCUCCAGAACUCCCUGCAAUAUGUUGCAGUCAGCAACUUGGAUGCGGUCCAUUUUCAGAUCCUGUACCAAUUGAAGAUUCUCACAACAGCUGUGUUCAGCGUGACCAUGCUUGGACGAACGCUUUCUCCUAAGAAAUGGGUGGCUCUUGUUCUGCUUACGAUUGGAGUUGCUAUUGUACAAUUACCCUCCGGAGAGCAUUCAGCAUAUGCGCCGAUCAAAGACUCACAAUCUCGAUUCUACUUUCCUCGGUCAUUUCACGAGUUAGGGAAUAUUGGUGGUGGGGUCCAGGAAGUGGCUAGAGAGUUGACGAAGCGUGGACUAGAGGGGCUCAGUCAAGGACUCUCGAAACGCUCUGCGACUUACGAGGGAAUACAGGAGGAUAUGGGGCUUGUCAAACCUAUCAUGAACUAUUCGAUGGGACUGACUGCUGUCUUGGUAGCAGCUGUUAUCAGUGGCCUGACAGGAGUAUAUUUUGAGAAAGUGCUGAAAGAAUCGACACAGCACGUCACAGUGUGGACCCGGAAUGUCCAACUGUCGUUCUAUUCUCUGUUUCCCGCCUUGAUAAUUGGCGUCAUCUUCAAGGACGGAGAGGAGAUUGCAAAGAAUGGGUUCUUUGAUGGAUACAACGCUGUCGUUUGGACGGCUAUUGUGUUCCAAGCUGUUGGUGGCGUAUUAGUGGCGAUGUGCAUAAAUUACGCCGACAAUAUUGCGAAGAACUUUGCGACUUCGAUCAGUAUCAUCAUCAGCUUUCUGUUCAGCGUCUGGUUCUUUGAUUUCCAGGUAUCUUGGAACUUUAUCUUUGGUACGGGAAUUGUCAUCUUCAGCACAUAUUUAUACAGCGGACAAGACAAGAGACGAAACCGACCUCCACCAAUCAACAUUGCCAGCUACGAGAAAACAACCAUAGACAACGGCUACACACCAAGAUUCGAGGAAGACAAAUCGUCACUGACGCUAGACCCACUGGAGAACCUAAAGACAGCAGGUCUAUCCACAUCAAGACCCAGCUCACCUCUACGGCACCACUCUCGCGUAGGCUCCUCAAGAGGGAAGAUAAAACGAGACGAUUGA